UCCCCUUUUAUAACUGCACGAUAUGAUGUGCUGCCAAUUAUUCAGUCAUCGUUGUUGUCUUCUUCUUCUUUCCUUUCUAAUUACCAUGGCCAUCUCCGAGUUUUUCUCAACAUGUUCUGGCUCGUAUGCUGACAUUGAUCCUCCGCCGUCAAUUAGCAGUGGUGACAAAGAAGAUCAUGAUCAACAUUAUUACGAGUACUCCUCUGAAUUCUCAAGCAUGUUGAGGACGAGGUUAGAGAAGAUGGCACCGUCGCCUGUAGCGUCGUCCGAAAUAUUCAACGUCGAUGAUUAUGGAGCAAUGGGUGACGGAGAAGACGAUAGCGAGGCGUUUAAAGAAGCUUGGAAGGACGCUUGUUCUUCUACAAAUGCCAUUUUUUUGGUUCCAUGUGACAGAAUUUAUCAUCUUAAGCCAAUCACCUUCUCUGGUCCUUGUAACUCUCCUCUUCUAUUUAAGAUCGAAGGGACAAUAAAGGCAUCCCCACAUAUAUCAGAUUAUGAGAAAGACAGAAGGCAUUGGAUUAUUUUUCAAAAUAUAUCAAAUUUUAGAGUGGAAGGUAAAGGCAUCAUUAAUGGAAAUGGAAGAAAAUGGUGGUCAAAUUCAUGCAAAGUCAAUAAAACUCUGCCUUGCAAGGAAGCUCCAACAGCUGUUACAUUCUAUGAAUGUACCAAUCUAAGGGUGGAAGGGAUAAGGUUCAGAAAUGCACAAAGGAUGCAUCUUUCUUUUCAGAAAUGCAACAAUGUCAAAGCUCUAAAUCUCUGGAUAUAUGCACCAGGAAACAGCCCCAACACUGAUGGCAUCCAUGUCACAGGCACCCAAUCAAUUGUCAUAAAAAACUGUCUUAUAAUGACUGGUGAUGACUGCAUUUCGAUCGUAAGUGGGUCGAAAAAUGUCCGAGCAAAGGGCAUCACUUGUGGACCAGGUCAUGGAAUCAGUAUUGGAAGCUUGGGAGCUGGAAAAUCAGAAGCGGAGGUUUCUAAUGUGGUGGUUGAUACAGCAAAGUUUUCAGGAACAUCAAAUGGAGUGAGAAUUAAAACUUGGCAGGGAGGAAAAGGGUAUGCACAAAACAUAAUAUUCCAGAAUAUUGUGAUGGACAAUGUGACCAACCCAAUAAUCAUAGAUCAAAACUACUGUGACCAGAAAGAACCAUGCACACAACAGGCAGACGCAGUACAAGUGAGUAAUGUAAUGUACCAGAAUAUCAGAGGCACAAGCGCUUCAGAAGUGGCUGUGAAAUUCGAUUGCAGCAAAAGCUUCCCAUGUCAGGGAAUUCUUCUACAAGACAUCAAUCUGGUUCGCAAAGGAAAAAAUGACGACAAAUCGACCCAAGCUGAAGCUUCCUGUAAAAAUGUCAAGUUGAAGAACAGAGGAAGGGUUUCUCCACAGUGCGCUGGACGAUGAAGAUGAAGAUGAAGAAGAAGAAGAAGAAAUGGCGGAUCCAGUUUUCGCAAAUGCUUGAUCGGGUCACUGUGAAUUCAAAUAAUUUAUACUUUUCGUAGGCAUUUGGAUUAGUGGUUCGUUCUAUUCAAUUUAGAUUUUUUCCCCGUUAUUUGGGAUGAACAUGUAAAAUAGGGGUUAUUGUUUGGGGUUACCAUUAUGACUGAUUAUAGUAUUAAUUAAAAGAAGUCAUAGGUUGGUUGUAUCAAGGGCUCGUUGCAAUAUGGGCAAAAUAAGUUUAUAAUAUUAAGCUUGUAGUCUAAAUCUUUUAAUUUUGUAAAAAAGCAAAAAAUAAGUCCAACUCACAA